AUGGGCCUUCGAGUCGGCACAAUGGAUGACUUAAUCACAGACUCUGUGCAGAUUAUGAUUGGUCUCACCAGUGAUGCAAUUACUGUGGUUGAAAGAACACCUGGCACCGCAAUACCCCCAGGGGUUAACAGGGCUGGUGAUGUCACCUGGGAGUUGCGUCAGCUGUUAAAAAGACCUCACCUGUCUACCUUUGCAAGUAUAUUUGAUGGUAUUCGUGAGGGAUCCAUCACGGCCAGCCGCGUCGCAAGAAACCCAGGCGUCGAGAGUGGUGUAACUGGUUGCAAGAUGGUACAGGAUUACAGAAGCAAGUCCGUUCUACAAGGAUUUUCCCAAGUUGGAAGGUUUAUGGACCUUCCUAACGGGGAUAUGUCGGAAUUGGGCCUGGUGCAGAUAUGUUUUACUGUCGAGUCUUGUUACGACCGUUCUACGCAUACGCAUCUCGGACUCUUUCCAACUCACUCCACACCCUUCGUUACUCCCUCCAUGCCUGCGAAAUCUCGUCUCUGUCUUCCCGGACACUUUAUCGUUUUCACAUUUUGCAUACCCUCAACCUUCAAGUCUGAGCCGUCUUUCAACGACGCUGGCUCAGCGCUGCAUUUGAGUAGUACUGCACAUAAAUGGCUGACGUUCCUCCACAUCUCAUUGACGUUCGAAACUCUACUGGGAAGUUCGAUGCCGACCAUAAGUGCUAAGUCAAGGAAACGUGCCAGAUCAUGGUUCAAGAAAGGACAGACACUCCAAGUCCCAGCAGAUUGUGCUGCGAGGGCGGCGGGCCCAGACUCUGUCAAGGAGGUGGAUGUUGUGUGCACGGUGCGGACUCGAGUGAUCCUGGCGCGAUCCACCGGGAUAGGUUGGCUAUCUGAAACGAAAGGUCUUUCCAACGAUACACCCAGCUCUGUGGUCCAAUCAAGAGGUGUCAGAUCGGUCGAUUUGCGACGUGUGAUCUGGCCACGCGAGCUUGACACCGGUAAUUUCCGAGGGUCGGAUCACCAGCAGUGA